AUGGGCAGUGCUGGAGGCAUUUUACUAUGCCUGUUGAUCUGUGUGAAAUGGAGGCUUCUUUUUGGGAUUCUGCAGGUGACAGAGCUCAAUGAACCUCUCUCCAAUGAAGAUCGAAACCUCCUGUCUGUGGCCUACAAGAAUGUGGUUGGUGCCCGGCGGUCUUCCUGGAGGGUCAUCAGCAGCAUUGAGCAGAAAACCAUGGCUGAUGGAAAUGAGAAGAAAUUGGAGAAAGUUAAAGCUUACCGGGAGAAGAUUGAGAAGGAGCUGGAAACAGUGUGCAAUGAUGUCCUGGCCCUGCUUGACAAGUUCCUCAUCAAGAACUGCAAUGAUUUUCAGUAUGAGAGCAAGGUGUUUUACCUGAAAAUGAAAGGCGACUACUACCGCUACUUGGCAGAGGUAGCUUCCGGGGAGAAGAAAAACAGUGUGGUUGAAGCUUCGGAGGCUGCCUACAAGGAAGCCUUUGAAAUCAGCAAAGAGCACAUGCAGCCGACGCACCCCAUCCGCCUGGGCCUGGCCCUCAACUUCUCCGUGUUCUACUACGAGAUCCAGAAUGCGCCCGAGCAGGCCUGCCUCUUGGCCAAACAAGCCUUCGACGACGCCAUAGCUGAGCUGGACACACUCAAUGAGGAUUCCUAUAAGGACUCCACGCUCAUCAUGCAGCUGCUGCGGGACAACCUCACCCUCUGGACGAGCGACCAGCAGGACGAGGAAGCGGGGGAGGGCAACUGAGGGGCCUCCGGGCCCGCCGCCCUGUCUUCGCCCACCACCCCCAUUGCCGCCGAUUCUUCCUUGCCACAAUCACUAAAUACCUAGUGCUAAACCUAUCUGUAUUGGCAGCACAGCUACUCAGACCUGCUCUCCUGCCCCUUGGGAAGCAGUCAGAUAAAUCUUCAUGGGCAGUGCUGGUUGGGUGGUUGCUUUGAGCCCACAGGAGCUCCCUUUUCCAAUUGUGCAGACAAGUGCGUCCUGAAGGAGGCAUUUUACUAUGCCUGUUGAUCUGUGUGAAAUGGAGGCCAAAGCAAUGGGCAAGUUUAGAAAGGAGAGUUCGCCAACACUGGCUCCUAUUGAUAUUUAAAUGAUCCGUUUAGAACAAGCUGAUAGUGUUUUGUUAAGCAGUACAACUUGUGCAUGCAAAAGUGAAUCCCCCCCCCCACCUCUUUUCUUCAGCUAAUGGAAAACUUAAGGGAAGCUGAUACAGAGAGCCCACCGGCUCCUUCCCAUCAGCUUUAUAAUAAACUGUUUAAUGUGAGGUUUCAGUAGCGCCUUGUUUCUGCCUCUUUAAAUUAUAUGCACAAACGUUCUUUUCAAUGCAAUGCAUCUAAAGUUUUGAUACCUGUAACUUUUUUGUUUUUGGUUGCAAUUGUUUUAAGAAUCAUGGAUUUAUUUUUUUGUAACUUUUUGGCUCUUGUCCUUGUGUAUCCUGACAGCACCAUGUGUGUUAGCCCAUGUCAAUCAAGAUGGGUAAUUAUGAAAUGCCAGACUUCUAAAUUAAAUGUUUUGGAAUUCAGUGGGUAAAUAAAUGCUGCUUUGGGGAUA